AACUAGAAUUUAAAUUCCUACUUUACCACUACAGAGGGAAAUAACAUAUCUACCCUUAUUUUUUUUUUAUUUUUUUAAUCGAACAUCACAGCCCUGAGACGCAUGGUGUAUAAUUUACAUAUAUUGAGGACCCUAUCGGGCCUCAUGUUACAACGGGGAUAAAAGACACUGUCAGUUUAUCCGGGUAUCCAGCCUUCCCUUUUGCAAAAAUAACCUAUUGUACCUCAGGCAUAUUGUUGUUUGAUGUGUCACAUGUGCUGCAUUUUGAAUCAUUUGGGGGAUCUUUAAUCACAUGGUCAGUAGCUCCAGUUAUAAUAUAUGUAACCUUGGAGGAGGAGGGAGAGGGGGGGAUGCGUAAAAGACUGGACCGCUCAUUUUACUACAUCAAAGCAUACUACCAUGCAAACAAAAAAAAUAAACAAAAAACGGAAUAAAUACAGGUAAAUGACAAUGAUUAAAAUAUUUUAACACGUACACGUGUAAAAUACAGUCCGCAUAAGACCAUUUGCUUUUAAGAUUAUCUUCUUAAGGUGUUAUGUGAGUUAUUUAGAUUGACCUAUAAUACCCUAUACACUGAUGCUUGCUCUUAUUUAAUUAGUUUCUUUAUGGGUGGGGGGUGGGGGGGUAACUGAGACGGAUACAUACAUUCUGCUAUCUCAUCUAACUUAAUUAAAGUGCACUCAAUAUUAAGCGUCGUGCGUAAUUUCCAGCUACGAUGUGAAAUGACAGGAAAGAAAAGGGGAAAAAAUCGCUUCUGCGCAUCCGCCAGAGCUGUUUUUUAAACUUGUCUAUAGGAAUUAGGCGUCUUUCCCCGCCACAUAUUGUUUUCUCCCCCCCGCAUUUGUGGUGGGAGCUGGUAAGGUGGGUUAACUCCAGCUCAAGUCUCCGUAAAAGCGCAGAGCACUGAUGACGUUGGGCCGGAUGACCAAUCGGGAGGCGCUGCCCUUUGGAGACAAACCAUUUUACUUGUAGUGUCUGCAUCAAGUCUGCAAGCGAGGGCUCAAUUUUAACAGAAUCCACCUUAAAAUCUCUCCCUUAACUUAUGCCUACCUUCCGCCACUUUGAGCGAGAAUACCGCAGGAUAAGAGAGGUGGGGGGAUAAAGACGGCAUCGAGAAAUUUGGGGUGUUAAUAGGAGAAAGGGGGGAGGAAGAGACAACAGCGCAGCGAGAGAGCGAAAAACCGAUUUGGUCUUGAGAGAGGAGGGGGUGGGGGGUGAGUGCUCUCAAGGCAGAAAAUUCGAUGAUGACCAUGACAACGAUGGCUGACGGUCUGGAGGCUCAGGACUCGUCCAAGUCUGCGUUCAUGGAGUUUGGGCAGCAGUCGCACUCGCAGCAGAGCUCCCCGUCGAUGGCCGGCGGCCACUACCCGCUGCACUGCCUCCACUCCGGCUCACACGCACACCACCAGCACGACAGCACCGCGUACCCCGGGACCAACACAUACAACAGGUCGCUACCUUACCCUUACGUGAGCCAUCCGCACCACAGCCCGUACCUGCCGUCGUAUCACAACAACGCGGGAGGACAGACGCGGUUAGACGGUGCAGAGCAGCAGAAGACGACAGUGAUUGAAAACGGGGAGAUUCGGUUUAACGGGAAGGGCAAGAAGAUACGCAAGCCACGGACAAUCUAUUCCAGUUUGCAACUCCAGGCGUUGAACCACCGUUUCCAGCAAACCCAGUACCUCGCUUUGCCCGAGCGCGCCGAGCUGGCGGCCUCUCUGGGACUGACGCAAACGCAGGUAAAGAUCUGGUUCCAAAACAAGAGGUCAAAGUUCAAGAAGCUACUGAAGCAAGGCAGCAACCCGCACGAGAGCGACCCCAUCCCAGGCUCCAUGUCCCUAUCCCCGCGCUCCCCGACCAUCCCUCCGAUCUGGGACGUCUCGGCCUCUUCUAAAGGAGUGAACAUGCCGGCCAACAGCUACAUGCCCGGCUACUCUCACUGGUACUCGUCCCCACAUCAAGAUCCAAUGCAGAGAUAGACUGGCGAGGGUCAAUCAGAGGAGUCAGCAAAAUAUGUCUGCACGGAGGCCCUUUUCUGCGGGAUCUCCUCACAGUGCAGUACUUUUUUUUCCCGCAACGUAGCCUACAAUUUGGACGCUGGAGAGGAGCGAGAAGGUGCUGCUGCUCCUCUGCUGGAGGAUUAAACCAGCCAAGCCUCGGUGCGGGGACACAAACAAUGGGACUUCUCAUUGUUGUCACGCUGUUCAGUGCGCACGUUUUUUUUUUUUUUUUUUUUGUCAUGCUUUCAUUCAUGUCUACAUUUGAAAAUACCAAAUAUUACCAGUGACAUUUUGGUGGCCACUUUGGAGGCAAAAGACUGCUGACCAUACCCGUGCGCCAUUACGCAAAGAAACCUUUUUUUUCUUUUGCCAUGAUUACUCCCACUGACUGCAUUUUUCUUGUUUUUUUUUUCUUUUCCAACAUGCAAAACCAAGCAAAAUUGUCUGUAAAUAUAUUCUGCGACUUUAGUUGUACAUACACUUUUUAUGUUUUGUCAGAAUGAGUAAAACCGUGACUCAAAACAA